GCGUGGCGGAGCGGCAGCCCGGUCCCGCGGGCGGAGGAUGGCGUGUCGCGGCGCCUGCUGCUGCUCCAGCGCGGGUCGCCUCAACGCGGACAACGCGCGGUUCCUCCUGCUGGCGGUGCUGAUCGUGCUGUACAUGCUGUGCGGCGCCGCCGUCUUCUCGGCCAUCGAGCUGCCCACGGAGCGGGAGGCUAAGGAGCGCUGGGAGGAACGCCUGGAGAACUUCACCCGGCGCCACAACCUCAGCCGUGCCGAGCUCCGGCACUUCCUCCGCGAAUACGAAGAGGCGAGCGUGGCCGGCAUCCGCGUCGAUGACAUCCGGCCCCGGUGGGAUUUCACCGGCGCUUUCUACUUUGUGGGCACCGUCGUUUCCACUAUCGGGUUUGGUAUGACCACCCCGGCCACCGUUGGAGGCAAAAUUUUUCUGAUAUUUUACGGCCUUAUAGGAUGUGCAGGGACCAUUUUGUUCUUUAACCUGUUCCUGGAGCGCUUGAUCACUGUCAUAGCUUAUGUCAUGAAGUCCUGCCAUGAAAGACAGCUGAGGAGGAAAGGGGUUCUCCCUCACAACGGCCGGCGGGGCUCGGGGACCUCUGAGGUGGACAGCCUGGCGGGCUGGAAGCCCUCUGUGUACUAUGUAAUGCUGAUUUUAUGUGUAGCAUCCCUCAUCAUUUCCUGCUGUGCCUCUGCAAUGUACACACCAAUUGAAGGGUGGAGUUACUUUGACUCACUUUACUUCUGCUUUGUGGCCUUCAGCACCAUUGGUUUUGGUGAUCUGGUCAGUAGCCAGAACAUCAGGUAUGAGAGCCAAGGCCUUUACCGCUUUGGCAACUUUGUCUUCAUACUCAUGGGGGUGUGCUGCAUCUAUUCCUUAUUUAAUGUGAUCUCUAUUGUCAUCAAGCAGUCCAUAAACUGGAUAUUAAAGAAACUGGCCUGCAAGUGCUGCCACAGGUGCCAAAGGAGAUUAUUUCGUUCGCGGAGGAAUGUGGUGAUGCCAGGAAAUGUGCGCAGCCGGAGGAACAUCUCCAUCGAGACAGACGGUGUCAAUGAGAGUGACACAGACGGACGCCGUCUGUCAGGAGAGAUGAUCUCCAUGAAAGACUUCCUGGCCUCCAAUAAAGUCUCACUGGCCAUCAUGCAGAAACAGCUGUCAGAAACUGCUAAUGGGUAUCCAAGGCAAAUGAGCUCUAACUCAAAGCAAAAUGGAUUCUCUGGUGGGGUUGGAGCCCUGGCAAUUAUGAAUAACAGACUGGCAGAGACAAGUGUGGAUAGGUAAAAUAAUAACAGUAAUAACAGUGAAACAGUGUGAACCAUUUCAACAGGUAUUGAAACAAUGUGAAUCAAGUGAAAUAGCUAGGGAGAGAGUACCACCACAGGGUGGGAUGAUAUGAAGAGCAUACCUCCUGAUGGAAGACCUCUUGACUUUUUUGGGGGCUGUCACUUAAUGUUUUUGCAUUGUACCAGUCCCAGCCUUCCUUCUUCCCCAUCAUUAUGCUCCUCAAGCAGGUUACUGCAGGAGGAUUUUAAUUUAGCCUUCAGAUAAAACUUCCAUGUCCUGUUCUUCUCCAUUAUGUGACAUACAGAUUUCAGGAUAAGAAAUCUGUGGAAUGGGAGAAACCAAGUAUGUCUACUGAGCACAUUCUUAAUUCAGAGAUUGUUUGGAGCUUUCUAUCUUACUCUGAUCAUGCCUGUUUCCUGGAAGUGACUUAUCUGAGACCAAAAGAUGAAUCAGCCUUUGUGAUAUUUCAGAUUGAAUUUAAUGGGAAAUAGUAUGAAAGUUGGUAGAUAUAUUCUGGAGCUAUUGUAAUGUGAAUGGGGAGAGAAUUUUGCCUUUAGAAUUUAUUUAGUCUUUCCUAUAAUAGGAUACUGUCAAAAGUGAUAGAAUAAAAACUUAUCCUACUUUUGUUUUCUUUUCUUCAUUUGCAAAACAUGAUUCUUUUCCAAGGAUACUUUUUCUUCUAGAAUUGAAUCACUGUGUCUUUCUGUUUCAAAAAUGUCAGAUUAAAUCAAAAAUGGACAUACUGAUGAGUGGUAUGAAUUAUUCCACAAUAGCAAAGACUUUCCAAAUUUCUGUUUAUAUUUGCCUCAAUUGUGACUAAAGUACCAGCAUUGUGUAAUACAACUACUAACUGAGUUUACACAACAGGCUUUAGUAUGCAAUUAGAUUGCCAUGCCAGCAUCCAGAGUGUUAUUAUAAAUGACUGUGAUAAAAGAAUCACUUUGGCAGUGUCCUUUUUCAUGUAACUCUGUCAUUCUUCCUCUGUUUCUCUGACUUUCAGUGAUAAUAAUGAGAGGGUCUUGAUUAGGGAAAUAGAAAAUGUUUUCAUUCCUUGUUUUUGUCAAUGAGAUGCUCUGAGUGCUCAUUAUGACUAGAAAGGAAAUUUCAAUGAGAAGAAUAAUAACAGUGAGAGGAUCAUGAAAACAGGGAAAGAAGUGAUCUUUAAUGACAGUGAAAUCAUCCUUUGUAUUAGGUAGCUAGAGAAAUGAGGAAUUAAAUUAACAUAAAAUAUAGCAAUAAUUUAAGGAAGACUGGGCUAAAUUCCUGAUUCUCCUUUAAACAUGCAACAUACUAAAGCUAAACAAUAUAUGAGAGUGUAAAUAAGCAGAACUGGUCACAAAGGACCCCAUCCCCCGGAAAGAAUAGUAUAUGCAUCAGGACUAAGUGUUUUCGCACAGCUGGAAAGCCUUUCAUACUACUGCAAUAUUAGGAAAUUUAAAACAGCAUGAUGUAGUUCUCUCAUAUGGGACAAUGCAGAUAGCCUCUUCAGUUUAAUUUGUAUUAGGAAUUAAUUAUUUUUCUUCAUUCUGGCCUAAAUUCUUUCACUUACAUUUCUAAUAUUGUAGAAUAACAUUUUUAUACUCAUUUUAUCAAUAUUUGAAUUUGAAAACAAAAGCUUGGAAUCCUUUCAUACAAUAAGCUAACCCAAGAUAUUCAAGAAAUGUACUUAACAAGUAAAAGAAUUGCAAGCUUUUUUUACGUUAUUAGGGGUAAAAAUCCCGAUUUAAAGUUAAAUCCUGCUGUUCCUAUUACAAGGAAAGCUUCAAGCUGAAGUCAUCAAUUCAGAUUCUGAUAUCUGUCAACUCAUCUGUGCAGCGAUGGAAUAGUCUUAACACUAUCCCUUCACAUUUGCAUCCAUGUAAAACCUGGAUCAGCUUCCAAACCUAACUCCUGUGAGAAAAACAGUUUUAUUUGGUUUUUUGGCAAUAUUAGCAUAAAUUACCACCGAGCUAUUUCAGAUGAUCUAUAAUAUCCAAGAUCCAUUGCACUGUUACACUUUUUUUUUUUUAUCCCAAGGCCUUCUGUGUCUUAAUCGCCCUGAAUACAAAUACUUGGCUAUAAAAACAGAGAUGUACUGCUCUGUAGCCUUCUUUCCAAAUUCAUUCAGAAACACCUCUGUUCAAUGCCUGUAUUCCUAAGAUCUCAUUGUUACAGAUUAAUUCCUCUGCCAACUAGCAGAAAUAGUAUAGGACUUAACCCAUUGUUUCAGCAACCAGUAAGAGGGUCUUCAGAUGGUUUCAAGACAUGAGACACUUGUGUUACUCUGUUCCAUUCUUUCUGGUAACCAGUGCUGGUUUCUCAUCUUUAUCCAAGUCUGGCAAGGCUGUGAGGGAUCUUUGGUGUACACUAAAUCUGUUUUCAUUGAUCAGUCCUGACCUUCUGCUCACUCAAGCACUGCCUUCCUCAUGACCCACACCUGCCAGGUGCAAGAUCUCUGCACUGGUUUUGUGGGUGGAUUUCUUGUGCACUGAAGAUAAUGAGGGAAUAGUUGCACUAAUUGCCAGAGAUGAAGGACCUGCAUAUUCUGUCCCUGUGCCAUCUUGUACCAUGACAUCAUCCUGUCCCUAAGAGACCUCUGACUUUGUCAUUGAGCUCCCCUUACGGCAGCCACACUCAACAUUAAAUGAGCUAACUUUGCCAAGGAGAGUGUAGAAUUCUUAGAGAAUAUCUGUGGAUAAAAAAGAUUUUUAAUAUCAGAGAGAGAAAUUUCUGACUACAGUCCCAUGGUACAACUACAGUUGUUUUACUAAAGGCAUUGAAGAGAACAAUCCCCAAAAGCUCUGAUUAUAAUGAGCUCUAAUAUUAUAGUUGAAUAUCAAGAUAUUAGAUUUGCAAAACAAGUGGAUAUACAAAUGUACACAUACAAAAAAAGGAGCAAAAUUUAACACAGGAGUGACAAAUGCCCAUCCUGUGUGAAAAGUAAAUGACAAUAAAAAUAUAACAUCACAUUUCUUGCAUUACUUUUUAAAGUAGCAAUGAGGAAUUAAAGGAGAUAGGGGUCUAUUUUCAAAGCUGUGUAGACUUUAAUGCAGUAUUGCUCAGCACUAAAAUCUCAGUCAACAAGACAGAAAGCUGUUUUCAAAAGUACUGUUUCUCUGUUUCCUGCCAUGAAUUAUCAUGGUGGCUAUUGAGAUAUAGGGAUGAGGUUUUUAAGGCAAAAGUGCUUGGGGGAAAACUUUGGAUGCAUUGAGAUUCUGAAUAUGCACUUUAAAAGGUCAGGAGUGCCACUAAAAUAAGUGGGUUAAACUGCAGGUUGCAGCCUGCCAGUCUGAAACUGAAAGUCCUUAAUGGAGUUGUCUGCUGAAAUUUAACCUUAUAGUUAUGCCACAACUUAAUAAUAGCAUUAUUGAACAGUAUCAUUAUUUUAUAUUUAAAGGAAUAUCUAGUGCUAACCAAAAUACAGUCAAAUAAAAGUAGAGGUAGCUCUUAGCGUUUUCUUGCUAGUUUAGUAAAAUGUGUGCAUCUGGCAUUUGCUGGUAGGUAGGUGUGAAUGAAGUUACAUUCAUUUCUAUCCAUGAAGGACAUGGGCUGCUUUUUGCAAGGACAUGAACAGACUCUUCAAAGGCAUUUAAUUCCUGCUGGAAGUCAAUUAACUUCCCACCACACACCAGCUUUCAGUGGAAGUCAGGUACCUGAUUCCCUUAGGCAAUUUCAGAACCCCAGCCAUGUAUUAGGUUUUGAAUCUAAGAUGACCUGACAGUGCCCUGAAAAGUUCAAAGAGUUGGAGCAAAGUUUCAGUGCUGCAGCACUCUAAUAGCUGAAUUAAUUUAUCUAAAAGCGUUUCAUAGUGAAAGCUUUAUAUCAACAAAAUAACACAAACAAUGUUUACAUUUUGUUUUAUUUAAUCUUGGCCUCUGUCAGUUUUAAUUGUAUUUGACACAUUUACAAAUUGAAAAACAAAGAGAAGGUUGGGCUAGGCAUAAAAAAUAAAGCAGCUCCAUUUCUCCGACUGAAUUGAUCAAGACAAAGAGGUUAGGUUGGGAAGAGAGCUUUUUGAUUAACAUUAUAUUUUAAUAACAUUUAUCUGGAAGUGAAGGGUAUUAAGUUGUUUGGACGACUUCUCUCCAAUAGCUGUGGAAGUGGAACUGCUUGUGUGACCCUCUGAUGUCCCCACGCUGGGAACAGAAGCUCAGUGAGCUUUAAUUUAGAGAAGGGUCAGCAUUUCCAAGCAAUACAGUUGGAAUCUUCUGUUGUUUUAAUUUAGGCUACUAAUGCUGGGAUAACACAGCACUUUCUUAGAUUCUUCAAGAAGUAAUAAAGUUAUUUUAUAUAAUGUCACAUACAAGCUGUACAUGGAGAAUCACCAAAUGUUUUCUUUCCCCUGGGCAGAAAAUACUGCCAAAUACAGAAGUACAAUGUGUCUGUUUGAGAAUGUUCACAGUACUUUUUUGCUUAAUCCAGGAAAUAAGAAUAUAAUCCCUUCCCUACUCUUUAUUUUCCCAACAUCUAUUGGCAACAAUAUCUACCCAAUACUCUGCUUAUGACUUAAAAGGUCACAUUUCACUAGGAAAAUGAAAGCCAUUUCUCCUCAAGGUGGACCAACAUACUCUUAUCUUUUAUUAGAUUUAAGAGAAACUGUGAAUGCAAAGAAAGACACUUCAUAUCAAAGUAGUCAGAAGCUUUUUGAUAUAGCCUGUGUUUACAGGGCUGUUUUAUGUCAAACCACACAAAAACCUCAUCACUGCAGACUUUUAAGAGCAUAAGUAAGUAUAAGAACAACCUUAUGGAAUAAAUACACUAUGUUAUAUUUUGUUUUUUUUACAGUUUCACUCUAAUAUAGGCCUUCAGGCUUCAUUAUUUGAAAUUAUUUGUGAUAAUAGAAUAAAUAUAAAUUUGCAAAGGUUUUGAGAGGCACAAAAAUGAGACAUGUUUUAAAUGAAAUAUUAUUUUCCACAGGCUGCCUAGCUUUCUAUAAAGGGGAAGUUUGAUGAAAGGCAGAAUCAACUCUUUCCAAGCAAGGGUGCAAUUUCUGGACUCAAAUGGAUUUCCUAUUAGGUACAAGCAGAAGCUCUCAGAGGAGCAAGAUGGCUUAAUUUUCACAAAUGUUAUCUUUCUAAAUGCUUUUCAAAUCUAUUUCCCCUUUUAAAGUCAUGGAACACUGUCAGUGUUUUCUGUUUGUCUUAUCUGAGAAAACUUACUGUUGCUUUUUUCAUAUCUUUAGAAGAAAAUAUGCACGUGAAGAAAAAUGAAAAUGACCUUACAUAACCUUUACAUGUAUUGCUUGGAGCUGCAGAAAUCUUCCUCUUUAUCCUAACUCAUGUUUACAUCAAAUUUCUCCAGCUCACCAAAGAGGUUUGGUAUUGCUAGUGAGUGGUCACAGCUCAAAUAAAAGGACUUUAAAGCUGUAUUUGUUCAUCUGUUAAAUGAGGCAAUGAGCUGAUGGUCUGAGCACUGGGUGCUGUUCUAAGUUUGUUAGCAUUGUUCUCAUUUCUGCAAUGGUCAGGCAGACCCUGAGUAGUGUGCAGAAAAGUCCUCAGUGCUGCAGUAGCAGCAAUUGCUGGCCAUUAACCUCUGGGUGUCCUGCUGUCUGCACUGUCUGGCCCAGGGCCAGAACUAGACAGUGAGUAUGCCCAAAACCACCAUUUCAGAGAUGCACAGAAUAAUUCUCUAUGGAAGAUGCCUCUGGAUGCCAUCCUGUCACCCUUUUCCAAAGCAGGCCUAGCUAGUUCCUGCCCAUCUGUAAUCUGCUGGGUGAGGCUUCUCCAGCACUCUGUUCACAGAGUACUGACAGUGCCCUUCUUGCAUGAGGUAAUGAACAACACCCCUACCAAGAGCAAGUGACAGACCUUCCUCUGCACUGUUACAUUUGGGUAAAUACUUAGCUCUAAGUUAAACAAAUUUCUUUGUAAAUAGCAUCCAGACUGCUGCUUUUCUCAGCCUCAUACAUAGCAGAUGGGUAUUUUGAUCCCUAGGUAUCAUUAUUGUUGGCAGUCUUAUUUGAGAGGGCAGAGACUGAAAAGGUCAGUCUGUCUGUCCUAGGUUUCUAGGCAGGGGUAUUACUCUUUUGGCAAACAACCCAUGGCACUUUGGCUCUAUGCCUCGGAUUUGGCUGGAUUCUUGCUCAAGAAUGGAUUCUGCUCUGCUAAAAUCAAUGGAGACUUUGCUUCUGGAUUCUUUAUCUGGAAUUUUGCACAAGAAUUAAUUUCAUUUUAUAAAAUAAUCCAAAGAAAUGUGACUAGCCUUUUGCUUCACUUUUACCACCAAUUGUGCAAAUGCUAUUCUACUCAUGCAGUGCUGUGUUCUGCAAUAAGUUAUUGACCAGGAACCAUUUUUUGGUCAACAAAAUAAUAAUCUACUUCUAAAGAAGACCAAUUUAAAAUUGAAAGUAGACAGAUUAUUAUGUCUAAGAAUUGUCUGGUAGUCAUUCAUUUCAUCAGCUGAAAAAACCCUAACAACACAUUUUCCAUGAAAAUUCCUACAGUUUUGCAAAGGUAGAUUUUGCUCUGUGCUGACUGCUUGUGUAAGCUUAUUCUUUCCCUCAGCUUUUUGCCCUCAGUCCACACCUGCAGCACCCUUCACCCUCUUUUUUUCCUUUCCAUUUGUCUUUUUUCUUAGUUCAUACAAUUCUUCUGUUGGCCAAAUAUACAUGGUAUAUAUACCACACAAAGCAAGUCAGGAGGAAAAGCAAGUGAGGCACAGAGAGUUCUGAAUGCCCCAUCAGCUGAGAAGGUGUCAAACAGAGCUUACACCUCCUCAGAUUGCAGCAUAGAUGCAAAAGGUAAACAGCAAGUGUUGUGAUAUUUUAGCAUCUCUAAAAAAGAAAUCCCUUUAAUCUGCCAGGAUUUUAACUUCUUUAUUCAUGAUGCUAUCCCUACCUUUUGCUUUUUUACCUUCUUUGAAUGCCUAAGGCUUUAAGGCCCUGUGCAUGAACAACUGAAACUACAGAAAUGUAGUUUCUGUAAUUUUGUUUUCCCAAUUUUCAAAAGAUUUGGUCCUUGUCUGGCACCAUGUAAUAGGUCUGUGCAAUAGCAGGAAUUAGAAUCCACAAACCACAGCCCAUGAUGAUAAGAAAAUGGAGAACUUUCUCAUGCUUCUAAUGAAUUUCCAGCAUUAGAGAUUUCAGUUUUCCCAGGCAACCUACUGCAAACUCAUUGUAGAGCAUCUUAAUUUUAAACGUUUUCCCAGACACUAAAUUUAUAUCUCCCUUGCUACAGCUGAGGCACAUUGUUUGCAUUUGAGCCCUGCUGAAUACAGAGAACAGAAUAUUCCCUUCCUUUUUGAAAGGAAGGUAUAUUUUUACAGUAUCACAUCUCAGUCUUUGCUAUCUCAGGCUAAACAUGUCCCCUUCCUUAUGUGACAUUUUUUCCAUUGCUCUACCAUUCUCCAGAUUGUGCUUCAUCACUUGGUCACUUUUCAAGUACAAGUGCUCAAAAUUAUAUACAGAGACAGAGAAAAUAUAUUGUUAAUAGAGCAUGGAGCAGCAUAAUUAUUUUCCUUAUCUUACCUACCUAUCCUGUUCCUGUUUCUGGACUGGUGCUUGCUAUUUUAAAACACUGUUGAUUCAUCUUCAGUUUUUCAUAUAAUAUCAAUGCCAAAUUAUUUUUUUCAAAACUGUUACCUAAACUAUAGUGCCUCCAGUUAUGCAGGUGAUUAUUGCAAUGUACCAUCUUUCAUGGAUUGUUAUUGAGUUGUUUCUGGUUUUUUCAGAUCUCUUUCCCAUAUGCAUGCUGGUUUGAAUCCUUGUCUUUCAGCAUCUUUGCUACCCUGACUGCCUGGAAUAAUUUUCAGACCUAAAAUUGUGUCCUGUAUUUCAUCAUCCAAGUUAGUAAUAAAAACACUGAACCACUA